CUCAUCACAACGGGCUUACCGCUGGCUUCGAACUUCUUUUGACCGCUGGCCAGCCUGCACGUCCAAUUCGUUCGAUUUAGCCAUGGGGGGAAAUCCUGUGGACUAAUUCUCUGUAGGAUAGUCGCCCAGUGUGAAUACUGUCGGCUAACUCCUGCAGGAGGGGCGGUCGUACUGCACAUAAAACACUUCAAUCACCCCAACCUGCCCGUUUCCACCUAUGCACUCCAAACCUCGAUCACUCACUUGGGGACUUUGUAUAUAUGUCCUCAUCCUUCGCGAAUAUUAACUUUCAUAUGCGUUAAUCAACUGCUUCAAACGGUUGCCUUCACCUUCUCAACAUAGUAGGUCUUGCUGCCCUUUGGGCAACCGAGAUCAACAUGGCGAUGGUGGGACCUCCUGGACUUCAGGCAUAUAGAGACACCAGCUAACUCUAAAAUAGGCGACUCAAUAUGCAUAUGAUAUGUCCUUUUCAGGAUUGCAAAAAGCCGAGGAGCUGUCCCUCUACUCCCCCAGAACCCCCGUCGCUCGACCGCUCUCUGCGUCCACGGACAUAAUGGAGGACUACGAUAACGACGACUCCUCAUCAUACCCCGAAUAUUCACCCUUUACAAGUGUGGCUUCAUUUGGUACUGGCAGUAUCUCGACUGCCUCCACGCCAGAUGAAGCUACUACGCCUGAUACGACCGGGCUGACCUUGUUCGACUUCCAUAUCGACGAAAAGGCAGUGAGGGGCCCGAAUGGACCGCACUUGUUUAGAUCUUCUAUGGACUCUUCGGAGUAUAGUGAUCUGACUGAUAUGGAAACGGGGCCCAUACAUCUGGAGACCCGUCCACCCAGUGCCAUGCUCCCUUUUCAUCAGUCUGCCUCAAAGCUGGACCCGGUGAGGCAUGACACACCCGUCCCUAACGGCCUCCUCCAUACGUCACAACCUCACCAACUACACCAACAAUCUCAGAUGCAACCUCAGGUACAACCUCAGGUACAACCUCAGGUACAACGGCAUUCUUUCAUUGGGCAAGACCUCGCACCCAAUGAGUCUGAUGCUCCCCGGUGGACACCAGAAGAUGUCUCGAGAUGGUUGCAGAUCAACAGGUUUGACGACAGCAUUAUCCGCACGUUCUUCACGAACGACAUCUCUGGAUUUAUCCUACUUGAGCUUCAGACCCAGGAUCUGAAGGAAUUGGGUAUCCAGUCUUUUGGAAAGCGGCACAUGUUGAUGGGUGCCAUUCAAACUCUUCGCAACUGUGCUAGUGCCGGGGCGCGGGCUUCUCAUAAUGACUCCUUUGUCCGAGAGGCGCCUCCGACACCUUUCACUGCCUCGACAUUGACAAGCGAAUGCCAGUCAACCCGGGCUACGGAUGACGACGGGUCGAGAAGGAAAAACAGCAGCAGCCGGGGACGUCGACACCGAGACAAUGACCAGUCCUACAAACUAGAAGAGGACCGUCCAGGCGAGCCUGUUUCAAUUGUUGCGAUUGAGGAAGUGCUGCCAAAGCUUCACAGCUGUUCCAAAGGCGAGAACUGCCGCAAAUGGCAGAAACAGCAGGCGAGGCUCGCUCAAAUGGCAAAAGACUUGCCGAUUGGCACUUUGAAUGGCAGAAUCGUUCUGAUGGGGGAUCCAGGUAACCCUGCAACAGCCCCUAAUCUGAUCAAAACACCCGGAUCGGAGAUCACCCCGUCGUUAGUCGCUUCAUCUGAUGUGAUGGGACCCUUUGAUAAAUCCGGCUUCCCGUUGUCAAAGGAGAAGCUUAGGGAGGUCCAGCCUAGGGAUCCGCAGGAAAAUGUUCGCAAUUUCUUGAGUUUCCAGAAGUUAAACAAGUUGCAGCCGGUGAAUCAACCGGGAACCCCCCCCAAAGAAGUGCUUCCCUCACCAGAAUCCGAAUCCCCAGCAUCAGUCAAGGGCAAUCCUCUCACUGAGAACCUCCGUAACCUACCGAAACUGCAGAUCCCUGCUACCCCGGACGAUGACGACCUGGACUUCACCCCAAAUCUAUCAUCUCAGCGGACUGCCAUCCCUUCUAUGAUGCGCAAGAAGCCUUACUAUCAUGAUGACUACCCGACGGCCAUACCUCGAGGACAGAAGUAUACUUAUGGCGUUGAUUCGUCCCCCGGUGAUUUUUACCGCGACGACCCUCACUAUAGCCAGGAGACUCCAGUAUCUGAAGCAGAUGCCCCUAUGACUGCUUUCCCAAUCGGCCUUGUUCCAAGGGAGGAGUCUCAAUCCGUUCCUCCAAACAUGCGCUUUGGUUCAAACCGCCAUGUCCCUGCUGAUCCCAUACGCCGGCCUUCGUCAACUCAGGUGGAAGGGCGUCGCAGAGAGAGCUCCCAUAAUAUUAUUCCGACCUUGAAACCCCUCGAUGAGCGCCGUGCAGUUAAUCCAAUCGACACGCCAGAAGACUUGCAGAAGGCAUGGGAACGGAGAAAUCUCCUCUCUCCCGGUAGACGGUCCCCCAAUGAUGUUACCCAUAGCGGAUGGAUGAAGAAACGAAAGACUACUCGUCUUCUACGCCACGAUUGGGAGGACCAUCACUUUACCCUUCAAGGAACACAACUCGCAAUGCAUACAGACGAAGAGUCUGCUCACCGCCGCUCCAAAGCCUUGGAAUAUAUUGAUGUGGAUGACUACGCUGUUGCUUGCUCCUCAUUAGCAUCCAAUUCCAAGUUGACUGCCGCUUUCAAAAAGACCGUCCUUAAACGCAAACCCGAUGGCCUUACAGACUCAGCCUUUGGGUUUUCUUUGAUCCCAGCAUCUGGGAGCGGCAACACGGUUGACAAGAAGGCUCUAUUUUUGCACAGUGGCAAGAGUCACCAUUUUGCCGUGAAAACCCGAGAUGAACGUAUUGACUGGAUGCGAGAGCUCAUGCUUGCGAAGGCUCUGAAACGUGGAGCCGCUGUGAACAUGAAUGGAAGUAUGAUCUAGAUACUGUCUAUUCCUAUUAUUUUGUUUUCUUUCCUUUUCUCUCGAGAGAUACCCAUUCAACAUGCCCCUUCAGCGCAGAUGACCUUUUGAUGAUUAUGAUUAUGCAUCUUUUUACUCUUGACUCCUGACAAUAUACUAUGCAUGAGACGAGUUUCCUUUGUCUUCUUCUCCUUUUCUGCCCCUUCCUUUUCUCUUUUUUACAUUUUUUUUUUGUCUUUCUUGUUCUAUAUUGCGUUUUUUUCUGUCAGAGACUUCUGGUCUGGCUUCGGACUGGCUUCGGAGUACGACCAGCGUCUCGCCCUCGUUUCCCUUGAUGUCCAAUGUCUUGUUUGGCUUUGCUGAGAAUUGUUGUCGUGGCUGGAUUAGAACGUAUUUUCGCUGGGUGUAGGAGCAGGCUCACGCCCUCUUCACCUAUCGUAGGAGAGUCUGGAUAAUUGUGAGCUGUAUAGGCAAUACGUGUAUCUUAGUGUCCCCAAAUUAGCUUAUGUUACUAUAUUAUACCGCUUUAACCGGAAUGAGACGAGUUAAUAGGUUCA